AUGAGUAGGUCAAACAGCAAUUACAGUUAUACCCUUGAUAAUGAAAUAUUAGGAGUUCCAUUUACAGGCGUUGAAGAUAUAGACUUAUCAGAUCCAAGAUUAGAUAAGAUAUCGAUGCAUUUACCAUUAAAAGCAAAUAUGGUUGAUGUCUCAGACGAUUGGGAUUCUUCAUUUCCGGAGACACCUAGUACUGGGUUUGGUUCAUCUGCAGGUGAUUCUUUAACAGCAUCGAUGACUAAUUUGAAUUUAAAUUUAAAUAUGGUAUCAGCUAAAAAAGUAAGAUUUGAUGAAAAUUCAACAUUGUUAUUAAAUGAAGAAGAAAAUCAUUAUAAUUAUCAAUUGCAUAAACCUAUGGCGUUCUCAACUAAUAAUACUAAAAAGACUAGAGAUGUUGAGGAUUUGAUACAAUCUGCUAGUUCAAUGAAUCAUUUUGUUGAAGAAAACAUUGGUAAAAUUAAUGAUUUUAGAAAUCAUUUGUAUAAUAAUGGAUUAUACAAUAAUAAUUCAAAUACUAAAAAAAAUGAUAUAUAUCUAAGGUCACAUAUUGGAUCAAUAUCUAAUUUCGAAUUAAGCGAUUCAGAAACUAUUCCAACUGAAGAUACUUUACAUUAUGAUAUUCAAGAUAAUAUUGAUUUUAAUUCUACUUUUAAUAGUAAUGAUGAAGAAAAUAAAAAUGAUAAUAUAAAUUCUAUUCAAGAGGAAAUGAAUAGAAAUAUAAAAAAAUAUGCAGAAUUGAAACAAGUCCCUAAAGAUGAUGGAUUAUAUGAGUCUCAUUUGGAGAAUCAACCUUACAAAUUCGAUCCAUCAAAUCUAACUCAAAUUAAUAAAGUAACCAUUGAUGAAGCUAUAAAAUAUUUUACAAUUACCAUUGAAACACUUUUACAAUUAUCACAGAAUCUUAAUAAUGAAUCACUAAAUAAAAUCAACCUGGAAAAUAUGCAUUCUGAUUUAUCUAGUUUCAAGAUGAAAAGUAUACCUUCUGUUUCUUAUAAAGAUUUAAUCACUAGAAUUCAAAAAAAAUGUGAAUUCGAACCUAUCAUUUUCUUACAAAGCACUUACUUAUUACAAACAUUAUUAAUUAACAGACCAGAGGUAGGAACUAAAGAAAUUCAUUUAAAGAAUAAAUUAGAAUUACAUCAUAUUCAUCGACUAAUAAUUGCAGUAGUAAGAAUUAGUUGUAAGUUAUUACAAGAUAAACAAUAUUCUCAUGAAUACUUCAGUAAAGUCUGUGGUAUUACAAAACGACUACUGACAAAACUAGAAGUAUCAUUGAUGAUCGCAGUGAGAGAUAACGAAUUGAUGUGUCGUAACAGAGACAUACUAGCUGCAUUAUCUACUGUUACAAUGUUAGAGAAUACCUGCAAUAAGUAA